CUUCUCUAUAAAUUCAGGCAUCUGACCAAGUCUCUCCAGCCCAAUUACUUUUGAUUUGCUGAAAACGGUUGUCAGCAUGUCGGAAACGGCGCCUGUCGCAGCUCCUGCUGUCUCCGCUCCUGGGGCAAAAACCUCUGCUAAAAAACCGAAGAAGGCGGCAGGAGGCUCUAAAGCCCGCAAGCCUCCAGGUCCCAGCGUGACCGAGCUGAUCACCAAGGCGGUGUCCGCUUCCAAGGAGCGCAAAGGGCUCUCCUUAGCUGCUCUUAAGAAGGUGCUGGCCGCCGGAGGGUACGAUGUGGAGAAGAACAACAGCCGCAUCAAGGUAGGAUUAAAGAGCCUGGUGAGCAAAGGCGUUUUGGUGCAGACAAAAGGUACCGGUGCUUCUGGUUCUUUUAAACUCAACAAGAAGCCUGGUGAGAUUAAGGAGAAGGCGCCGAAGAAAAAGCCAGCGGCAAAGCCUAAGAAGGCAGCUGCUAAGAAGCCCGCCAGCGCCGCCAAGAAGCCCAAAAAGGCUGCAGUGGCGAAAAAGAGCCCGAAAAAAGUCAAGAAACCAGCGGGUUCUGCAGUGAAGAAAGCGGCCAAGAGUCCGAAAAAAGUGAAAGCCGCCAAGCCCAAGAAGACAACUAAAAGCCCGGCUAAGGCGGUGAAACCAAAAGCUGCCAAGCCCAAGCCAACAAAGGCCAAAACAGCGAAGGCGAAGAGGGCAGCACCCAAAAAACACAGCGUGUUUGGCCAACUCCCCCGGCAACAGAAGGCGCACAGCGGUCUGGAUCUCUCGGGAUGUGAUGGUCGAACGCUUGUUGUAAUGCGCCAGGCGAGACGCUUCCCCAGCGAUACGUUCGAAAAUGUCGUUUACAAAGGAGUUCAUAAUGCCCAUCGCCUUAGAGGAAAUGCCGGUGUCCGGGUGAACUUGCUUCAACACUUUGUACACGUAAAUUGAGUAACUUUCCUUCCUAGUUUUUCUACGUUUUUUAUCUCCCUUCUUCUGGGUCUUGGUCACAGCCUUCUUAGAACCCUUCUUGGGAGCAGGAGCAGAUUUCGCCGGCUCAGGCAUUUUAACAGACAAGCGUACUCUCCAACUCGAAAACGACAACAACAAAAUCAGAAAAAAAAAAGCCGUUCCUCCCUGUAUUUAUAGGUUUGCUAUGCAAAUGAGCAGCCUAUGUUUUCUAGUUUUCUAUUGGCAGUUGGAUUCAACAUAUGGUUUCGCGUUUUAUGCUGCAAUUGGUCAAUGUGAGAUCCUCGUCUUCAUUGGUUGCUCAGAGAGUGACAUUUUUCAACCAAUCAUGAUUCACUAAUCCGUCCGGGAGAGGGAAUAAAAGAGCAAGAAUCGUUGCGUCAUUA